AUGGAACCUUUUCAAAGUGCAGAUACCAUUAAUACUUACAGAGGUAGAUUGGGUUAUCAAAAUUCAUAUAUGAAUAGGUCAGGAAAGAUAUGGAUUUUCUGGGCUGAUGAAUGGCAAGGAUUGAUAGUAGCAGACACAGACCAACAAGUUACUUUGAAGAUGAAUUUGAUGGGAAAUGGACAGGAGUUUUUUAUCACCACAGUCUAUGCAAAAUGUGAUGAAAAAGAGAGAGAAGAACUGUGGGAUUCUUUGACCCUUAUGAUUCCAGAUAAUAGUAAUCCUUGGUUGGUUGGAGGUGAUUUUAAUGUCAUUUUGUUAGAACAGGAAAAGCAAGGAAGACUUCCAGUGACUGUGCAAGAAACAAUGGAUUUUGUUCAAUGUAUUCAAAGUUGUGGAUUAAUAGACAUGGGGUUUACUGGCAGUAGGUUUACCUGGUGGAAUGGAAGAACACAAGAGGGUUGCAUUUUCAAGAGGCUUGAUAGAAUACUAUGUAAUCAAGAUUUUUUGAAUGUCAAGCCAAAUUCACAAGUGCAUCACUUAAUCAGGAAGGGGUCAGAUCAUGCCCCUCUUCAUUUAAACUGGCAUGCUGAUUUUGAGGGUAAUCCUUUCUUUACUUAUCAUCAUAAACUGAAGAAAUUAAAGAAGGCUUUAUCUCAGUGGAGUAAAGAUACAUGUGGAGAUAUUUUUCAGCAGAUUUCUACACUAGAGGAUACUAUUAAAAUAAAGGAAUUACAGUUUGAAUUGGCACCUACUCUUACAAACAGGGAGGAACUUCAUAAAGAGCAGGCUGAACUGUGUAGAUUUCUUUAUUUGGAAGAAGAAUAUUGGAAGCAAAAAGCAGGAAUGAAAUGGUUUAAAGAUGGGGACAGGAGCACUAAGUUUUUCCAUUCCUAUGUUAUAGGGAAGAGAAAGAAAUUAGCAGUGCAAAGGAUUCAAAAUCAAAAUGGGGAUUGGCUUACCUCUAUUGAAGAUAUGGGAAAUGAAGCAAACCAUAGAUUAGAGCAACUACCUGAUAAAGAAGAAGUUAGAAAGGCAGUUUUCGGUCUUAAUGUAGAAAGUGCAAGUGGUCCAGAUGGUUUUACAGGACAAUUCUAUCAGAAAUGUUGGGAUAUAGUAGGAGAUGCCUUUACUUUAAUGGCGAGGUCAUUUUUCUGUGGUUAUGAAAUUCCAUAA